CUUUCUAAAAACACAACAGAAGGCUUACACUUUCUUUCUCAAUCUCUCUCUUCUUUAGUUCUUUCUUUUUCUCUCACUCCACACAUUUUAGGGGAAUGGAAAGAGCUCUUACACAUUGCUCUUUCUUUUAUCUCUCUCAACAGUAGUAGUACCCUUUUUGGGGCUUACUUUUCUCUUGGCUUUUAAUUGGUCUUGUGUUGUGCUUGGUGGGUUUUGCUUCCUCUCUAUCUUGUUUUUUAGCAUCUGGGUCUUUGUGGGGGCUUUUGGAUCCAAAGAGGUGGGUCUCCUAGUGUUUGAGAUCUGUAUGAAUCUCCUUUACUUUGUUCUUAUCUUUUGCUCUUAUAGACUUUUGGGUGUGUAGUAAAAGAAAAUAGAGAAGCUACAUUUGGGUUGAGAAUUGAUUUAGUACAAGACAAAUGAUUAUCCUUAAUUGGGCUGGGCUUAGGACGGCCCAGCCCAGUCUUCACCUUCCCUGUCGUCGUUCCGGAACCUUAAACCCUAACAAAACCUUACAGUAUUCAAAUGAUUGUAGUGUAGCUGUGGUGGAAUAGAGGAAGAAGACAGUAAUGGCGAGUCGAAGAGUGAGAGUAGAAGCAGAGUCAGAAAGCACAACCGAUACACAGACCGAGUCAGAAUCGUCGAAGAAUGACGACUUGAAAUGGUUAAAAGACCUUCCAGACGUUCCAAUGGGAAAACUUUCACCCCAUCUCGAAUUCCAGAGAACCCGGGUUGAAUGCAAGGCUGAUGCUCCCAUUCAUACUGAUACCAUACAGUACUCUGGUGCAUACGCAUCUGUGGGUUAUGAUAAUAGCAUGCAGUUGGAUAAUUUCUGCGACAAUUUUAAAGUUAAGGUGAUUCGACUGACAGAGGAAGAUAUGGAGUUUGAUAUGAUUGGUAUCGAUCCAGCACUUGCAAAUGCAUUCCGGAGAAUCCUUAUAGCUGAGGUUCCAACAAUGGCUAUUGAAAAAGUUCUCAUUGCAAAUAAUACAUCAGUUGCUCAAGACGAAGUUCUUUCCCACAGGUUGGGUCUCAUUCCAAUCAAGGUUGACCCGAGAUGGUUUGAAUAUGCAGACAAUAAUACACCAAAUGAAAAGAACACUAUUGUUUUUAAGCUCCACGUUCGUUGUGCAAAAGACAUGCCUCGCACUGCAGUAAAGUCAAAUGAAUUGAAGUGGUUACCCCAUGGAAGUGAGUUUCCUUUGAUCUCAGAAGAUUCGAAGUCUGGUUCAUCAUCAAAACCAAGAACAUACACAUCAUUCGCUUGCAGCCAGGAUACCUUUCCUGGGUUUUCCAACAACCCAAUCACCACUAUGGAAAAUAUUAUUAUAUCGAAGUUGGGCCCUGGCCAGGAAAUUGAAUUAGAAGCACAUGCUGUUAAAGGCCUCGGUAAAACUCAUGCUAAGUGGUCUCCUGUGGCUACUGCCUGGUAUAGGAUGCUCCCUGAGGUUGUAUUAUUGCAAAAGGUUGAAGACGAGUUAGCUGUGGAACUAAAAAAUAAAUGUCCGGUCAAUGUCUUUGAUAUUGAAGAUAUUGGCAACGGUAAGAAACGAGCUACAGUAGCACGUCCACGAGAUUGCACUCUUUGUAGGGAGUGCAUCAUAGGUGGCGAACAAUGGAAGGAUCGUGUAUCAUUACGCCGAGUUAAAGAUCAUUUCAUAUUUACUAUCGAAUCAACUGGAGCCUUACCUCCUGAAUUAUUAUUUACGGAAGCAGUAAAGAUUUUGGAAGACAAAUGCGAACGAGUGAUUGCUGAGCUUUCAUAAAUCUGUUUUGUUCACUUGAUAGAGAAAGAGAAUGCCAUUUUUGUAAAACCGUUUUAUUUUAGAAUCUAUUUAUGUAAAAGCUACUGCUAAUUCAUUAUCAUCAAGAAAAGAAGCCAUUCAGGCCAUUGUUGUCCUUUUUAA